AUGUACGUUAAUGAUUUCGUAUCAAGUGCGUAUUUUGCAAGCAUACCUCAUACUCUGCACAUGCACGGUUGGUUGCGUCUAUUCCAGAAACCUGAAACAACAAGUGAUAUAAGUGGUCAAGGACGAAGUGUUUUAUCAUCUUGUGUUAAUCAGUCAACGUCACUCGCAUUAGCACAAACUGACGAAUCACUACAAUUAUCUAAAACACCAACAAUUGUUGAUUCAACAAUUGAUCAAUCCAGUUCAAUAUCAGAUCAGCCAGAUUUUGAACUUCCUCCACCGAUGAGUGAGAUUAGCAGUGCUAUUGCUGAUGCCGCUGCUUCACACUCUACUUCGAUGCAAGAUCCACAGCAAAUUCAAGAGAGCGGCGUAAGUACGGAAGUAGUAAGUGAAAGCGAGAAUGGAGCUAGUGACAAGGAGAAGAGUGCCGAAGAAAUGGCUAGGAUUAAACGACAGUAUGUGCUAAUGGAACUAGUCGAAACUGAACGUGAUUACGUCAAGGAUCUCAGCUCGGUGGUUGAUGGUUAUAUGGCGAAUUUGCAAACGAUGGAUUUACCUGAAGAUCUUGUCGGAAAGGACAAAAUCAUCUUUGCAAAUAUUGCACAGAUUCUCGAUUUUCACAAAACGUUAUUCUUGAAAGAAAUCGAAAAGUGCCUUGACGACUAUGAAGCUGCGGGUAGCGCCUUUGUGAAAUAUGAGCGACGAUUGCAUACAUAUUAUGUGAAGUAUUGUCAGAACAAACCCAAAUCGGAUUAUUUGGUUGGACAAGAAGAUUUUGAACAGUUUUUCGCCGAAACUAAACAAAAGCUUGGUCAUAAGGUUGCGUUAUGUGAUUUGCUUAUCAAACCGGUACAGCGUAUCAUGAAGUAUCAGUUACUGCUCAAAGAUAUUGUCAAAUACACUGAACGAGCUGGUGAUCGUCUUGAUGUUCUCAAAAAAGCUCUUCAGGUGAUGCAUGUAGUACCAAAGGCUUGCGAUGAUAUGAUGCAAGUUGGAAGGCUACAAAAUUUCGAUGGCAAUCUCAGCGCUCAAGGCAAACUUAUAUUCCAGGGUACACUUGCAAUAUCUGAUAACACCCCAUCACAACCAUUCAAAGGCAAAGAUAGGAGGAUCUUUUUGUUUGAGCAGUCUGCAAUAAUUGCGGAUUGUAUAUUACCAAGAAAAGAGUUCGGUAAUCCUACGUAUAUAUUCAAAAAUCAAAUAAUGGUUAACAAGAUGGUCUUAGAAGCCAGUGUACCAGAUGAGCCAUUACGUUUCAUUGUGCGUUCAAAUGACCCAUCCCAGCCGAAUGCGUUCUUGGCACAAGCAAACAGUAUCGAAGAAAAAGAGGAGUGGAUUAAUAAAAUAAAUAGUCAACUUGAUCAGCAAAAAACGCUCCUUGCUGCUUUAGUCGAUCCGAAAAGAUAUCAGAAUCAGUUGGCUGGCGGCGUUAAUGCCAUUUCUAUUGAGGAUGGCUCAUCGGAGAAGAAAAAAGCAAUGUUCUCACGAAUAACAGGCAGUGGCGUUGCUGGCAAGGGAAAAGAUGCCAGCAGUGUUCAAACGAAUGCGCAUCAGCCGCCAUCGUCGUCUACAACAAAUUCUUUAUCUAGUGCACCAGCUCUACAUCAUAAUUCAUCAAAUCCAGUCGCAAUGCAAUCACCAAAACACAAUUCAUCAUCCAAUAAAUCUUCCAAAUUAUUCGGUUUUGGUAAAAAGUCUUCAAAUCCACCAAAUAACAAGUCAACUGCAUCACCACCACCGGUAGGCAAAUUGAAGUGA